AUGAUCGUCGAACAGCCGGGUUGUGCACCUCAUCUAUUUGAAGCCCAUGAGCUGGCCACGAAAUCAGUCAUCGUUUAUUCGGAUAGAGCAGAAGUCAAACGAUUGGUUACGGUGGAUUUGUCGAAGGGAAAUCAGGAAAUUGUUAUUCAGAAUGUCUCAGCUGUCAUUGAACCCCAAUCAGUACGAGUCGAUGGUCGGGGUGUCCUGAUUCAAGAGGUUCAAUAUCAAGAAGUACCAAUGGAUAUGACACAUGAAACUGACAAAAUUCUGCAAAUUGAGCGACAAAAAAUUGAAGUGGAAAAUGAAAGGUUCGCGAUUGAGGACGAAUGUUGUUCGAUCAAAAAACGAAUUGAUGUGCUGGAUGGAGUUGCGGGACAGAUCUCCUCCGGACCCGCCGCCAUGCCAUUCUCUUCCUCCAAUCAAGGAUCCUCCCAUCUUCCAGCAUCUGGAAGUCAGCCACAUUUGGUCCGUCGGCAUACUGUAACUGGACAGGAGCCAAAUCCAUUGGCUAUGAGCACAACACCGAUGUCAAAUGGCUUCUUUUUCAAUCACGAGUCACUGGACAACUUGGCGAAAUUUUUGAGUUAUUAUGGAGACGCCGUGCGAGACAUGAAAAAAGAGCUACGAAAACGUCAACGGGAAACUCAACAGCUAUCGGAAAAAAUCGAUCAGUUGGACAGGCAAUUGGAUCAAUUGAGAUGUGUCGCUGAGUAUGAUUCGAUUAAGAGGUAG